GUUACACUAAAUGUUACGGAUAGUCUGCCGCUUUCCGAUAGUCGAGCUGAGAGCGGCCUACGUCGUGAGCCCGUGGCCAUUGCAUAGACUCACGGAGUGGAACUUGCACACAGGGCUUUGAUCGACACGAUCGUGAGCAAGCGCCCAGGCAAAGAUUUGGGUCCGGCGAAGUUUGGGCAAGAAGGAUUCCAGCAAGCCACCUCAUCCAUGGCCAAGAACAAAAAAUCAAAGCAAACUACCGCUUCCUCUCAGUCUCAACCCGCCACUAACGGCGACGCUUCCAAGGCCUCUUCUUCCCCUACAACCGCAAGCUCGUCGUCCACAGUACACCCUCAUGGUCCACCUCUCCCGAACCCCGCUACAGGCAGCGCAAACCCUGCUGCAUCCUUGACUGCUCUCUGGAGUUACCUUCAACCUGCGCUAGACCAUAUCGUUCGUUCUCCUACGAACAACACCUUAAAGGCACCUCCCAUUGACGUUGCCUACCACAUGGGCAUCCACACUGCCGUUUACAACUACUUUACCUCGCAGUCCGAGUCUGCAGUCCCAGGAGCCGUUCGAGAUAUUUCAUUCGGUUCUGCCAUCUCUCGUGCAGACAAAGGCAAAGCAAGUGGUACAGAUUUAUACGAGAAACUAGAUGGGUACUAUGCCGAUACCGCACGUGAGAUAUUCCUUGGUACGCCUCACGACGAUGCCUCUCUCGUAUACUAUCUCGUCCCCUGUUUCAAUCGCUAUUCUGCUGGCGUUCAAUCUGUCAACCGUCUUCUCAACUACGUCAAUCGUCACUAUGUCAAACGGGCAGUAGACGAAGACAGAGGCUGGUUACGCCUCGCAGACGUCUUCGAUGCCGUUGCGAAGAUCAUACAAGAAGAUGACACCCGCGAGAAGAUCCAACAGAAACUCCGGGAACGUAGGGUGGAGGAAUUGAAGAAGUGGGGGUUCAAAGAAGGAGGCUCGUCGGAACUGCUAACGCAGACAGAAGGCUAUGCUGAGGCUGCCAGUCCUCCCGAUAGAGUUGUUCCCCUCGUCGCAUUGGGAUAUCGACGGUUCAGGAUCGAGUGUAUAGAUCCUCUAUUGGCUGUGCCGAAAACCAAGAAAGGCAAAAAGAAGAAAAUUCCGACGAGUAAUGGUGCAGGACCUCAGAUGCCGAGAGGGAGACUGGCGCGUGCAGUUAAAGAUUUAUUGGAAGGGGAAGGGGGGGAUGUGGAGGAGAGACGAAGGGUAGCAGGAGAGUUGGCUAUCGUGCUUAGGACGUGUGGAAUACGCGUCGACCAUCCUCUUCGCAAGAAACUCGACAAAUACGCUCCGCCAUCCUAGGACAUUGCUUGAUUGGUUGCUCUAUGCUGCUCUAUAUAUUCAGACUUUUGGUUAUGCUCCGAUCUCACCUAUUGUUAUGCGAGGACCUCAGACUAUCUCGCCGUCCCUAGUUUGAUAUUUCCAGUUGUGCUUUCGCUUGAGUAUAUGACGUACAUGAUGAUCGUGCUCUAUAGUUGUCUCGAACAAUACAUUGCUUCGCGAUGUUCCAAAUUGGGAAUUACAGUAGGUAUCCAGCUGGAAGCUAUGUCAUUAUUGUGUAUCCUGAGUCGAACGCAGCCCAA